CAUAUGACCACUGCUCAUGAAAGUGCGAGCACGGCGGGAUUGAUAGCGUGAUAGCGCGAUGCUCGUUUUCUCAAGCAGGUGUCUGUCCUAAUUUGAAAGCGUCCUCCUGUAACGUAGCUGAAAACGCACUUGUUUCUGAACUUGGAACUCCAAUCCGUCCGCAGUCGAUCACUAUGGAGCGUUUACAAUCUUGUAUGGCAGCUCUACAGGACGAGGACGUUCGGAAGCGAGCUGUUCAGGACGCUAAAGAAUAUGCGAUCUCCCACGGUCUGUGCAUGAAGUCGAAGUCGCAGGAGCCAGAUAGCUACACGUUCGUGCCAUUCUGUUUGCUGCCGUCACCGUACCCACGUGAGGCCUUCCAACAAGUGAAGGCGUUGCAAGAAGACAUCAACCUCCUCAUUCACCGCGUGGCACAUGACUACAGUUUUCUUCGUGAUUGCCUGCAAAGUACAAUCGAGACUGACGAGUUCACGGCUUCCAUUUUCAACAUCUACCAAAAGGUUUGGGAAGCCGAGUUUCCCCAGCCGAUAAGCCUGGGCCUGCUGAGGAGCGACUACAUGCUUGACCUCAAGUCAGGUGACACCAAGGAACUGCACGAGGCCCGCCCCAAGCAGGUGGAGGUGAACACCAUUGCCUCCUCGUUUGGCGGAAUCACACCUCCGCUCUAUAAGUUGCAGAAGUACACAAUGAGCAACCUGGGUGUCGUGGCUACAGAAGUGGAGAUGCCAAAGUGCAAGACCGACAAGCUCCUUGGCAAAGGUCUGCUAGCAGGCUGGAGGGCUUACAAGAACGACAAGGCGGCCAUCUUGUUUGUGGUUGAAGAGGAGACGUACAAUGUGUGCGACCAGCGCAACUUGGAGUACGCCAUCCGCGAGAUGCAUGAAUCCGUCAAGGUAAUGCGACGGAAGUUUUCCGAACUGCACAACUGCACCAUCCAGGAGGGAAAUCUGAUCGUUGAUGGUGUGGAAAUUGCUGUGGUCUACUACCGGACGGCCUAUGCUCCACAGCAAAUGGAUGCCAAGUGCUGGGACACGCGUCUGCGGAUAGAGCUGUCUCGUGCCAUCAAGUGCCCCUCGGUGCAGUACCAUUUGGCAGGCACCAAGAAGGUGCAGCAAGUGCUGGCACAGCCCGAUGUCCUUGAACGCUUCUUCACCAACAAAGUGAUUGCCAACAGCAUACGUGCCACCUUCACGGGGCUCUACUCCCUCGACCUGACCCCACAAGGGCACAAAGCAGCUGAGGAAGCUAUUGCACACCCUCGCAACUACGUGCUAAAGCCACAGAGGGAAGGUGGUGGUAACAACGUGUAUGGUGAUGACGUGCGGAACAAGCUGCAGGCACUGGGCCGCACUAAGGAGCGCGAAGGCUACAUUCUCAUGGACCUGAUUCAGCCACCCAUCACUACCAACUACAUUGUACGAUCAACUGAGGAGGCCAGCAAGUGCAACGUGGUCAGCGAACUUGGCAUUUUUGGUGUUAUCCUCGGGGACCAAUACGAGCUCAUCGAGAACUACGAGGCAGGCCACAUUGUCCGUACAAAAAUGACCGGCACGAGCGAAGGAGGCAUCUGUGCGGGUUUCGCCUCCCUGGACAGUGUCUUUCUAGUCUGAAUGAGGCACAUUGCUUACUAUGCUGCCACAAUUAGAUGUUUUACGGGCGUUUAUGUAUCCUAUAUUUAUGUGAUAAUCAAUCCACUGUAUUUUUGUAGAGAUAAAAUAUAUUUGUACCUAUGAGAAAAUUGCUAUUUGAUUUAUGAGUAUUCAUGGGAAAUAAAUGCAAUUGCCUAUUUGUUUUUAUUCAUUUUCAAA